AUGAAUAGCUAUGGUCCUCCGUAUCUGUAUGUACCCACGGCGUCUUCCCGAGGAUCAUCUCAGAGAACUCCCAAGUGCGCUCGGUGUCGGAACCACGGGGUGUUGUCCUGGCUGAAAGGGCACAAACGGUACUGUCGCUUCAAAGAUUGCACUUGCGACAAGUGCAUCCUUAUCCUAGAAAGACAGCGGGUCAUGGCCGCGCAGGUGGCUCUCAGGAGGCAACAAAGCAACGAGAAUCCUUGCAAUCUGGUCCUUCCCGAGAAUUACCGAGCCAUGUAUUCAGCCUCUGAGAGAGUCGAGGACUCCGCGCUUUCCGAUAGCCUGUACUCAGCAGGUAGAGGCAGCAGCAGAGCAGAGGAGAUGACACCUGCGGACUCUCUACUUUGUCAGCAACCGGAUGAAUAUGAAGCUGUCGAGGAAAAGGCUGAUGAGAAGAACCAAAUGAAGAUUAUGGAGAGUGAAGUAGAAGAGGCCGUUUCAUCCACAGAUACCCAAAACAGUGAUUUACCGUUGCCCCUCCUAGAGUCCAGCAAUGACAUAGAGCGGAGGAAGGAAAACAAAGAACAGGUCAAAGGUGCCACCAGAGAUCAUUUCAAUGACAUCAGGAAGUUCUUGAAGUCCGAAGAUGUGCUGAAGGAUGUGGCUCCUUCAGGAAAAUCUAAAACGCCCCCGAUAGAGGUUCUGGCCAAGGUAUUUCCGAAUCAGAAACAGUCUGUGCUGGAGUUGGUGCUGAAAGGCUGCAGCAAUGAUUUGGUUUCAGCUAUUGAAACCUUACUGACCAGUACCACUAGGCGAUCUGAGAGUUCGAAGAGUUCCAAUAAACCACAGACCUCCAAGGACAUAGCUGACUACAACACUGGUCACUAUCCUUUAUCCUCGACAGCUUGGUCUCUGAGUUCUGCUUUUAGGUCCCCAUCCGAUCCCUUCCAGGAAUUUACCCAGCUGAUUAACCAAGCCCAUAAAAAGUUGAAACUCUGUAAUGUUAAGGGGCAGUGGGAAAUCCUUGAUGACUACAGUUUUCUGGGACUCUGCUCAGAUGCCAGAUGUGUGAACAAUAUGGCCUAA